AUGAAUUUUUCAGGUUUACCGGGCGAUAUUGAGAAAGAAAAUGUUCGUGGUGUUUGUUUUAAUAUUUAUGAUAUUAUAUUGUAUAGUGAUACUAUACAUCGUGCUGAUGGUCAAUUUAUUCCAGCAACUUGUCGUGUAAUUUAUGCACCAAUGCUCACAGUUUUAACUGCUGAUCUUCAUUCAAAUAUAGGUGAUCAAGCAUUUCCACAAUGUAUAUUUGAUCAUUGGGAAAUUAUAAAUAAAGAUUCAUUUGAUGACUCAACUGAAAUUCGACAAAUUAUUAAUGAUAUUCGAAAACCUAAAGGACUAAAAGGAGAUAUUCCAUCUCUUAAUGAUCAUUAUGACAAAUUAUGA